GGGAAGGGGCGUUGCAACUCCCGUAUAAAUUGACUUUUGUCACUGACAAGCAUUUAUAAUCGGAAACAUAUAAACUCUGCACAGAACAACCUCUUUAUACUAGACAACACACCCUUAUAAGCCGAAACUACGUCGCUGUUUCACGCCAUGAGGCGACACACAUUACUCUUGGCAGCCACCGCGCUGGUGCUUUGUCACUUUGCGCUAGCUACACUACGGAACCCACGGUCAGAUGAGGAUAUCCUUCCAGGUUGGAUGGGAUCUGACUUCAAACCCGAUUUGGUGGAGCCCGACGUCUUGGAUAUGCGGUCCAGCCGAAUGAAGGUGCUGGAUGCGGAUGCGAGGAUUUUCCUUUAUGAACACUUCCUUACAGACGAGGAGGCCGAUCACAUUGUAACGAUUUCUGAAAGGCGUCUGGAGCGCUCUGGCGUUGUCGGCAACGAUGGCGGCAGCGAGACGUCCAAAAUUCGAACCUCAUUCGGCGUCUUCCUUGAGCGUGGAGAGGACCCGAUUGUAAAGCGCAUUGAAGAGCGCAUUGCUGCUUGGACGCUUAUGCCCGUUGGCAACGGCGAGGGUCUUCAGGUCCUCCGCUACCAGAAGGAGCAGAAGUACGAUGCCCACUGGGACUACUUCUUCCACAAGGACGGUAUCGCCAACGGCGGCAACCGCUACGCCACUGUGCUCAUGUACCUGGUGGACACGGAGGAGGGCGGUGAGACGGUGUUCCCCAACGUGGCUGCCCCCGGCGGUGAGAACGUGGGCUUCUCCGAGUGCGCCCGCUACCACCUGGCCGCCAAGCCCAAGAAGGGCACGGCCAUCCUCUUCCACUCCAUCAAGCCCACGGGCGAGCUGGAGCGCCGCUCGCUGCACACCGCCUGCCCCGUCAUCCGCGGAAUCAAGUGGAGCGCCGCCAAGUGGAUCCACGUCGGCCACUACGCCAUGGGCGGCGAGCGGCCCGAGAUGAUUGAGCAGCACCCGCAGCCCAAGGUCCGCUCCGACCUGCCGCCCGGCUGCGAGGACUCGGACGAGAUGUGCCCCGAGUGGGCUGAGUCGGGCGAGUGCGAGCGCAACCAGGGCUUCAUGGUGGGCACGCGUGCGCGCCCCGGCAAGUGCGUGGCCAGCUGCAAGCGCUGCGAUCUUGUGUUGGACACGGGCGCGGAGAAGACCCAGGAGGAGUGGCGCAAGUCGCAGGCGAGCAGGCGCAGCCUGGGUGGGCGGAUCUAAGGGGUUGAAGGUGGAGGAAGGAAACCGGAAGUGGAGGAGGGUGAGCAGCUGAUGGCUGUGUGAUUUAGGUGGCGGGGUUGUUGAUCUGACGUGGAGGCGAUCCUGAUCAUGCAUUAUGCUCUCGCUGGGCCACUUCUAACUGACUGUGUUUUGACUCGAUUGUGUCUGGUUAUGAUUGGCCCGGUGUUAAGUACCUCUUGACUGUCCACGUGUCAAAUGCGCGCGGGUGUCUGACGCGCCGUCGAGGCGUAAACCAUAAAUCCUAUCUGUGCUCCCGAUGGAGAGCUUACAUUGGACGUGACUUUGCGGAAGCGCUAGAGUCAAACAGGUGGUUGCUAGUUCUGGAUUCAGGGAACUGGCUGGCGGAGGACGCUGCUGUGUUUGGAGGUUCUUUCUCGUUUAUUGGAACUGUGUAGCUUCGGGCGGUGUGUUUGUGCGCAACAGACGUCUUCCAGCCCAGCGCAUGCGCCCUUACAUGAGUGGCGCGUCCUUGCAUGCGUUGCGCCGGCGGCCCUUGCGGCUGACGGCGGCCUUGAGUUGCUUCCAACUACCUCAAUUACCAUGUUGGGACCAAGGCGGCGACAAGCGGCGGAUCUGGAAUUGCAUGGCACGGCCGUUUGAGCUCAAUGCCGCACACCGGAAUUUGCGGCUGGGCAUAAUUGCAGGAGAGGGCGUGCGCUGUUUGCAUCCAGUUAUGGCUGACAUUCUCGUGACGAACUGGUAAGAAAGAGUUGACAUGUAUGCAUCAAUGAUGACGGUUUUCGUUAUUGGAACGUGUGUGGCUCGCAUAUGCCGCGCGCAUUGAGUUUCAACUCAUGCACUCGGUUACGUCGGCUGUUUUACCUAUUUUUUUACAUGGAUAAUGCCGACUAAUGGCCUUGGUGAGCUCCAAUUGAAGGCCCAACGGGCCAUAUUACGGGAUAUCGGUGCAGGUGGUGUUCAAACACUGAUGUUCCUUACUAUAGAUUGUAGGGUGUUGAGAAUCUACUGAGGGGCAUCGUAACGGCCAUUUGUACAUAAUGAGCUGUGCCGG